UCUCCCUUAACGGGGGUGCCGUUAGCAGCGGCGCGGGGAACGAGCGGCGUCUGCGGAAGCCCCUGCGGAAGGAGGGGCUCCGGCCAGGGUCGAGCUGCGGUAAUAACGGUCACUGCUGCCUCUUUCCCUCUCCCAGAGGCCACGCUGUGGGUGCGGUUGUCCGUUCGUCCCCUGGGGAUGCCGUUGACUGCAGCAACCUCAGGCUUGCGUGGGCUGUCUCUGCCUGGCCUCCCUCUCCUCACGGCGCGGGAGUGCAGAGGGACAGGCGGAGCGCUUACUGGCUGUGGGCGGGAGCUGCGGAAGCUGGAGAGGCCACAGAAAGGUAAAGAAGAAGAAAUGGGAGGCCAUCUGGCUGGCAGCUGCCUCCCGUUGCAGGCAAGAGAGAGCCUGCCUCUCUGGGUGUGGGAGCAUCCCUCCUCGUAGUCCACAGCAGGUCAGACCGCCAGGGUCUGUAUGCACGACCAGCAGCGGGGUACGGCCACGUAGUGAGCAAGCGAGCGAGGCUACACGUCUAGGAGGCCUCAUCUCGUAAGAGCUGAGAGAUGCUCGCGUGCUCCCUUAUGUGGAGGACAGCCAAGCGACUGGAGUUCCAGAAGAGGAAGGGAGGAGAGAAGGAGAAAGAAGCGUCUGAGCUGACAAGGUCUCCGGGCAGCUCCAAGAGCGAGAGCUGUGUUUUGACAGCAGUUGAUAUACAACCUUAUCAAAAGGCCAGACCGUUGCACAUAGCUGGAGCUUGUAAGGAGAAGCAGCUGAAAUCAGCCGGAGCUUCAGUGCGGAGCUGGGGCUUCAGUGAGCCAGAACUGUACCAAGCGGGAGCUGGAACGAGGCAGGGUGUCUGCUGUCUGGAGCAUGCAUUAGCCAGAGGCAAAAUUACCUGCGGCUGGAACGAGCAGGAGCUGCAAUUAGCUGCAGCGUCUUUUCGCUGGAGCGUCCGUCAGCUGGACUGCGCUCCCAGCACGGCCGAAGAGCAUCCAGGCGCAGGCAGGGCUGUCCGCAGCGAGCAGCUCCGAGCAGCGGGGAGUGUCACCUUCCGUGUCACACGAAGAAAAUCCUGCGUGGUUAAUUCCACUUGCUGCUCAGCUGGAUGUCAGCUGGCACCAUUUCGCUGUGGUUGCCCUUUCUUCUGCAAUGACGGUACGAGACAGAUGGAAAGAUUCCGUAGUGGUCUGCAAGUACAAGGUACGCCUACGAUGCGUGUCUGCAUUUUUCCAAAGGUACUUGCAGUAUGGACUUUUAACAUUAAGAGUGUGCCAACUCUCCUACGUUAUUUUACAUGAAAUAUUUUAACAGAAAUACUAAAAAUAAGUUCUGUUCUGGAACAUGUUACACCUAUACAAAGUUUACUUCCCUCAGUUUUUCUCUUCCUGAAAGCAUAAUCUUCUGUUUCUGUGUGCUUGCUAGUAAAUGAUACUGUGAAAAUAAUUUUGUACUAAAAGAGGGAAGAAACUGUUCGUAAGAGUUCAGCUGUUCAGAAGAAACAGACUUUGUUUUCAUGAUAAAAGCUUUAUGCUUUUACAGUCAAUGAGUUUUUAAAAAUAUCUUCUAGUAGUACUCAAAAAUGUUAGUGAGAUAAUUAGUAUCUGUACUAAAAGCAGUCAAGGUCAAAGAAGAGACGUGGACAAAACAGAACAAAUUGGCGUCGCAUCUGUGUGUUUUCCAGGCUUUCCCAGGAAGCAUUAGCAGCCUUGUAACUAGUGACAGUGAGUCCUGAGGUGUUUUUGAUGAGUUACUGCUUCAGUAAUGUAUUUUUUCCUUUAACCUACAGUGUGUAAUUUUGACUUCAAUUGGAAAGAGAUUUUCCAAAAUGGAAGUCUUUCUCACUCAAAGAAAUUUUGUUUUAUGAACUUCCCAUCAGAGUGGAUCUUCAGAGGUGAUCAACUUGACAGUAGAAGUCAUCAGUAAUAAGACUUUUCACUCUCUUUAAAAAAAGAAAAAAAAAAAAGUAAA